GCACAAAACUGUGAGCGCGCCCAUUGCCAGUUUAAUUACCUUAAAUUGAAAAUUAAAACUUAUUUAAAUGGAUUUGGGCGAUGCUAGUCUGCAGCCAAUAAGUGUGCUUGGCGCUGGCACCUUUGGACGUGUCUUUCUGUGCCUGCAGCGCGAGGGACGUCAAAAGCGAAAAGUUUGUGUGAAACGCAUAUUUGUGAAAAAUCCUAAAAGCGAGCUGGCGCUGAUCAAGGAGGAGAUCUAUAUAAUGUCACAACUGCGACAUCCACAUAUAGUGCAGUUUAUACGAUCGUUCGAACACGCCGGAACCGUAAACAUUGUCCUGGAGUACGCUCCCAAUGGCACCAUUCGAAACGUUAUACAAGGCAUAGAACGUAGCGGAUUGGAGGAGACCAAGCUAUUGCGCUACUUUAGCGACAUGGUAUUGGGUUUGGAGUAUCUGCACAUAAGGCAUGUGAUCCAUCGCGAUAUUAAGCCGGAGAACAUGCUCCUGGAUGCAGCAGGUCGCGUUAAGUACGCAGACUUUGGCAUAUCCAAUGUACAUGCACCUGCCAAGCAACAAAAACAGUGCAAUAUGCUUGGCACACCACUCUAUAUGCCGCCCGAGAUACUUCUCGGUGGCAAAGUGGACUUUAAGGCGGAUCUUUGGUCACUAGGACUGGUGCUCUACGAACUCUGUGUGGGUCGCCAUCCCUUUGCAACGCUACUGUCACACGAUGCCAACUGUGAGCAGCUCCACGCGGUGCUCGAGCGCAUGACGCGCCCCAAACUGGACUGUCAGCUCGUGCGGCGACGGCAGGAUCCUGUCUGGGCGCGUCUCUGUGAAGCAAUGGUGGUCUAUGAUCAGGAGCAACGUGUCUGCCUGCCCGAUAUAAUGCGCAUGGAUGCGCUUACGACAUUGCACAUCUAUCAGCAGUACUUCAACUAUGACUACUAAGUGCAGGAGCAGGUUGAUCUUUGCCAGAUAUUGUUAG